AUGGAAAAAGUUUCAGAUAUGAAAGUUUUACAAAAGUCUUUGCCAAGGUCACUUUGGCCUGAAGCUUAUGGUCGAUUGGUGGUAACACAAGCCCCCAUCAUUCUCCCUGGACUAGCAUCCAAGAUCGUCGACGAGGGCGAUUCUCUUACCUGGGUUUGUCAAGCUCAAGGGUCUGCGCAACCUAAAGUCAGCUGGACUAGAGCCAAUGGCCGGCCAUUGAAUCUACCUGGCUCCCCUCAGAGGAUUUACGCACCACCAAAAGCGUCAUUGAAGCAUUGCAUUGCAUGA